AUGGUGAAGUAUGAAGUAACUGUUUCCACUUCGUGCAUCGCUCAGGCCGCCACCACGAAUAAUGUGUUCAUUAAACUGGUUGGUGAAGAUGGGGAGAGUAAGCGCACUUGGCUCACAAGCUUUAAAGGAUCUGCUGCGUUCUACUUUGGGGUUGACUCAAAAUUCUCAGUGUGCUGCCCCACCUCUCUUGGAAAGCUGGUUCUGAUUGAACUUGACAAAAAGCCUCUUCCAAUGUUUCCAGAAGACAACUGGUUCCCCAGCAAGAUUAAAAUUAAAUCCCCAGAGGGAGACACAUACAUCUUUCCCGUCUACCGCUGGAUUGCUGGUUGCGAGGUUCACCUGUUUAGAGAAGCGACAGCCCUUAGACUCAUUGAUGACAAUCAUCAUCUUGGCAAGUACUGCAGAGAGAAGGAGCUGAAGCAGAGAGAGGAGCUCUACAGAUGGAAUGUUUAUAAAGAGGGACUUCCACACUGCAUGAAAACAGACGGCACUCAGUCUUUGCCGUAUGAGGUCCGCUUCUCUUUCACCAAGACAAAAGAAUUUGUCUUGACUGCAUCUAGUGGGUUUGCAGAGCUGAAACUGAAGGGACUUACAUUUUGCAAGCAGAACUGGUGUGACAUUGACGGAAUAAAAAAAGCUUUCUGCUACAAAAAAACAGACCUAUCAGAUUAUGUUCAACUUCACUGGAGGGAUGAUGAUUUUUUUGGCUACCAGUAUCUUAACGGUGUCAACCCCAAUUUGAUUCGGCGUUGUUCAACCCUGCCUGGGAACUUCACUGUCACCAAUGACAUGGUGUUCCUUCGUGGUGGAGGUUGUUUAAGUGGUGAAAUGCAGAAAGGAAACAUAUACCUGUGCGACUACAAGCAGUUGGAUGGAAUCAGAACCAACAUGAUCAAUGGGAAGAAGCAGUACCUGAUGGCUCCCCUCAUCCUGUUCCACAAAGCUCCUGAUGAUAAGCUGAUGCCAAUAGCUAUUCAGCUGAAGCAGACUCCAGGAGAGGACAAUCCCGUCUUUGUUCCUGCUGACUCUGAGUACGACUGGUUGCUGGCCAAGGUUUUCGUGAGAGGCUCAGAUUUCAGUGAGCAUCAACUCAAUACUCACCUGCUGCGCACACAUCUGCUAGCUGAAGUUUUUGCCGUGUCUCUGCUGCGCAAUUUGCCCAUGGUGCAUCCACUGUACAAGCUCCUUGUCCCCCACACUCGCUACACUCUGCAAAUCAACUUCCUGGCUCGAGAGGCUCUAAUCUCUGAUAAUGGAGUUUUCACACAGUUUGCAGCUUCUGGUGGAGAGGGUAUGAUCGAAAUCCUGAAGAGAUCCCUGUCCGCAGUGACGUACAGCUCCCUCUGCAUACCAGAUGACAUUGCUGAGCGUGGGCUGAAUGAUCUGCCUAACUUCCACUACAGGGAUGAUGGACUCAGGCUUUGGGAUAUCAUCCACAGGUUCGUGAGGGGAGUGAUUUGUCACUACUACAAAACAGACAUUGAGGUUCAUCAAGACUGUGAACUGCAGAAGUGGAUUCAAGACAUUUUUGAACAUGGAUUCCUCUCACAGAAGUGCACAGGAAUACCUGAAAGGUUUUGCUCUGUGGACGAGCUGAUUAAGUUUGUCGUCAUGGUGAUUUUCACUGGCUCAGGCCAGCACGCAGCUGUCAACUGUGGACAGUAUGACUACGGUGGUUGGAUGCCCAACUCUCCGAUCUCCCUGCAGCGUGCUCCACCAACCACAAAGGGGACAUCAAGUGAGGCCACCAUGCUGCAGACGUUCCCUGACAUCAACGCAUCAGUUCAGGGGAUGGCCACCCUAUGGCUGCUCAGCAAGCCAUCUACUGACACUGUUGCUCUUGGACAGUACCCGGAGGAGCAUUUCCGUGAGGAUGUUCCCUGCAAGCUGAUUAGGGACUUUCAAGGAGAGCUUGAUGUUUUAAGCACAAUUAUCAAAACUAGAAACAAGAGUCUGGAAAUCCCAUACACAUACAUGGACCCUGCAGUGGUAGAAAACAGUGUGGCCAUAUGAACACUGCAGCGAAUGAAGGUGUGACCUCCUGCCUGACUUUGUUUAUGGACAGUUUGCUGAUAAGGCAUCUCUUUUCCAACACCCAGAGGGCUGGAGUCCUCAUGAGUGAAUCCUAAUUAACCUAGUUAGUCUUUAAACUGCCUACUGAUGACUUGUUAUACUGUGCUUGUACUGUGAUUGUGUAAAGCUCAUUCCAAACCUUCUCAUGGCAACUUUGCCACUGGGCAAACUCGCUCAAUCAAUUUUAAGCAUUUGUAUGCGAGACACAGCUCAGCUCAACACAAUUCUUACACUUAGGAAAGCUUUGCUCGGCUCAAACAGAUGUGUGAGCAGUGAGCAGAUGUAACAAACCAAGCAUUUUAGCAACAGUUUUGCUCAGUCUAGGUACAAGUUAUAUUUUUGUUGGAAAUACAUAAGCCGACAAAGACAAAAAAUAUUCAACUGUCAUACAUUCAUGCUUCUCUGACUGAUCACUCUUGUACAGCUCUCUUUACCUCAUUUCACCUUUUCUAUGACUAUGUUAAUGUUGAUAAGGCUCGGAUUUUAUGUCAAUCAUUUAUAACACUCUCUUUGCACCAUCAUGAUAUCAUAAAAUAACUCUCUCAAAAAUGAGGAGACAGUGGUGAUGCUUCUCUGGCCAUUUUGAACUGCAGUAUGACUUACAUGUUGGAGUGAACACUGCACAGGAACUUCCUGGAGGAUAGAAAAUACAAGGAACACUUCUUAACUUUGUCAAACGCUUUGUACAGUGAUCAACAGCAGAGUGAAAAAAAAUAUGAAACUUUAAGUUAGUCCCACAUGAUGUCAUUUAUGUUUCUUUAACAGCAAGUUUUCAACUUGGAUUCUGAAAAUAUGUAUACAAGAAAU